UCAUUAAACUUCCGGUAAUCAAUUGCGCCCUCUUGAGUGUGAAUUUGCUCUCCUUGCUGGACUGUCAGUUAAACAUGGCUGCCAGUCUUUCUGCCGGCGUUUUCUCUCGGUUUGCAACCAAGAAGUACCUCAUUUUGCCAGGCCAUGCAAGACGAUGCAUCUCAGUGUCUUCAUCACUGGAAGCUCGAACACAUGUCAGCUACGAGCUCAAGGACGAUGUGGCGGUUAUCCGACUCAACGAUCCAGCAUCCAAAGUGAACACACUGUCUGUGCAAAUGCAGUCUGAGUUGAAAGAAGUAAUGGGUGAGAUCUGGUCCAAUGGAGCUGUAAAAAGUGCCGUCUUCAUCUCCAGCAAGCCUGGCUGCUUCAUUGCUGGAGCGGAUAUUAAUAUGAUCACGGCCUGUAAGAGCAGCGAGGAGGUUAGCCGUCUCUCCCAGGAAGGUCAGAAGAUGUUUGAGAAGAUUGAAAAGUCUCCCAUCCCUGUUGUGGCUGCCAUCAAUGGCUCUUGUUUGGGUGGAGGCCUUGAGUUUGCCAUAGCCUGCCAGUAUCGCAUCGCUACCAAAAGUCCCAAAACAAUACUGGGGACACCAGAGGUCAUGCUUGGUCUGCUGCCUGGAGCGGGUGGCACCCAGAGACUACCCAAAAUGGUGGGUCUCCCUGGAGCGUUCGACAUGAUGCUGACAGGCAGAAAUAUCCGGGCCGAUAAAGCUAAGAAGAUGGGGCUUGUGCACCAGCUUGUGGACCCUUUGGGUCCCGGUGUGAAGCCUGCAGAGGAAAGAACAAUCGAAUACCUGGAGGAAGUAGCAGUUGGCGUGGCUAAGGGAAUAGCAAACAAGAAGGUUCCCCUCUCAAAAGAGAAAAGUCUCAUGCAAAAGCUCCAGGACACAGUGAUGGGUCUUGGUCCAGUGAAGAAAAAGAUCUACAACACUGUCAGUGAGAAGGUCCAGAAACAAACUAAAGGACUUUACCCUGCACCUGUCAAAAUCAUUGAGUCAGUCAAGACUGGAGUGGAGGAGGGAAGAGAAGCAGGUUAUCUGGCUGAAGCUGAGAACUUUGGGAAACUGGCAGUGACAUCAGAGUCCAAAGCCCUGAUUGGCCUCUAUCAGGGCCAGGUCACUUGUAAGAAGAACCGAUUUGGGACGCCACAGAAGGAAGUCAAGAGUCUUGCAAUCUUGGGUGCAGGUCUAAUGGGUGCAGGCAUCGCUCAGGUAUCCAUAGACAAAGGACUUCACACCAUAUUAAAAGACUCUGCAGCUGAGGGUAUCAGCAGAGGAGAAGAGCAGGUUUACAAAGGUUUGAACACCAAGGUGAAGAAGAGAGCACUGUCAUCAUUUGAGCGGGACACCACAAUGUCCAACCUUUCGGCACAGUUGGACUACACAGGCUUUUCGACCGCCGACAUGGUGAUAGAGGCUGUGUUUGAGGAUAUCGACAUUAAACACAAAGUCCUCAAGGAGGUGGAGGCUGUGAUCCCUCCUCACUGCGUGUUUGCCUCCAACACUUCCGCACUGCCCAUUAAGGACAUUGCUGCUGCCAGCAAACGGCCAGAAAAGGUGAUCGGCAUGCACUACUUCUCGCCGGUGGACAAGAUGCAGCUGCUGGAGAUCAUCACCACCGACAAGACAUCCAAGGACACGCUGUCUUCGGCGGUUAGCGUGGGUCUCAAACAGGGCAAGAUCGUCAUUGUUGUUGGGGACGGCCCUGGGUUUUACACCACUCGUUGCCUGGCUCCCAUGCUGGCAGAAGCUGUCCGGGUGCUUCAGGAAGGCGUUGGUCCAAAGAAGCUCGACAGCUUGACAACCAGCUUUGGCUUUCCGGUUGGUGCGGCAACGCUUGCAGAUGAAGUAGGCAUCGAUGUGGCAGCUCAUGUGGCUGAGGAUCUGGGGAAAGCUUUUGGCUCUCGUUUUGGAGGCGGGAAUGUGGAAGUCCUUAAGACAAUGGUGGCGAAAGGCUUCAAAGGCCGUAAAUCAGGAAAAGGCUGUUUCAUCUACGGCAAAGGCAAAAAAGACAAGAGUGUCAACCCCGAUGCUGAAAACAUCCUCGAGAAGUACCAUCUCUCUGCCCUUCCCGCAGUCUCAUCAGACUCUGACAUCCAGCACAGACUUGUGUCUCGCUUUGUGAACGAGGCCGUGCUGUGUCUCCAGGAGGGAAUCCUUACCAAUCCAGUAGAGGGAGACAUCGGAGCUGUGUUUGGACUCGGAUUUCCUCCCUGCCUGGGUGGUCCAUUCAGGUUCGUGGACUCCUUCGGUGCCGAGCGUCUCGUCAGUACUAUGCGGCGCUUUGAGGAAGUGUAUGGAAACCAGUUCACGCCAUGCCAGCUCUUACUGGACCACGCUAAAGAUCCCAGCAAGAGGUUCCACAAGUGAUGGAUUUCUCAAAUUUUGCCUUAAGGUAACAAAAAUAUUACAAAUAUCUCUCGGUAUGAGUUAGCUUUAUUUGUAAAAGCAGAAUAUUUGAUACAACUCUUGAAUUGGAUCUAAUGAUCCCAGUUGUGCUCAAUUAAACUCUGGAACCCUGAGGUUUUCAAAGUGGAACAGUAAACUUUCCUUUUAGGGAAUAUAAUAUUUUAGGGGUGUUCCGACCCGAUAUUCAUGUGGGAUGUCUGUCUAUCAGCAAAAAGUGAUAUUGUCUUGCGUUUAAAAUGUCCGAUACAAGCAGUUUGCUGUAUGUUUACUUAUCUAUAUUUAUUUCAAUAAGCACACAGGGUUGUUUUUUCUGCUUUUUUAGUCAAGUCAUUUAUAAAAAGUAAUAAAAAUGGUAGGCAAUAGACUACUUGGAGCUAGCAGCUACACAACAACUUAGCACACAAUAGCACGCAAGCUUGACAUACUGUACAUAAGAAUUGGAUAAUAUUGCAGUCUUAAACGGCACAUUUUUCAAUAUGAACAAGUAUCAAAUGAUGAGAGUUGCAUAUUACUCACAGGUACAAAGAAGAAGCGUAUUAGAAGGUGUUCAGUAAAAAACUUGUCCGCAUCAUUUAACUUACUGCAUCACAAGUUUAGCGUCAUGAAUUAGCGUGGCCUGGAGGUGUUGCCAAAACAAGAUUCCACUCUACUUCAGUUUAAAGAGAGCAAAAAAAUUUGGUAUGGUAAAUUGUCCUAAGUCUAAAAUUUGUAAUACAGUGGGUCUCAGUUUUUUUGAGUGAAAAAUGUGCCAAGAGUGAACUACCAGCUUGAUAAGUCUGAAAGAGAAAAAGAUGAUAGAGUAUUAUCUGCUCACAGAUGCUGCCUGGUGGUUGUUUGAGCACACUGCAGCCAGUCCCACUCAUUAAUGCUUCAGUCACAUGCAGGAUUCUCACAGGAAUGAGGCAAAAAUACAUUACCCUUCUACUGUGCUAUUGUUCUCUGAGAAAUGUUUGUAACAUUCCACACUAAAAUUUAAAAGUAUGUACUAUAGGUAUCGAAGUUGGUCAAUUUCUGUAUCAUAUAGUAAGUGAAAAAGUUGGAUCGAGACACCCCUAAAUCAUUUUUGGAUAUCAGUUUUCUACUAUCCCCAGAUUGUUUAGUUGCUGACUGUAGCAUUUACAAAGCCAUUGAUCCAAACAACUGAAGUUAGCUUAGCAUGUUCAGCAAGAAAAACUAGUUUUUUUUUUAGUUAAGUUAACCAUGUGGGUGGAAUAGGUUUUGUUCCAGUGAAUAUGUUUUUUAAUUGAUCAAAUGCGGUGUUUAUGAACCUUUUAGACACACAAUGAUGUCUUUGUUGUCUCCCUCUGUAUGUAUAGUCGAAAACAACGACAUUCAAUGUUGUCAUCUCUUCGCGCGUUUGUAUUAUUCAACAGGCCUGAAGAUGUUAAUAAUACGUCCAUUCACUCUUUGUUGCGUCACUGUGUUCAACGAUGAAGUCAAAUAAAUGUCAACAAGUAAAUUCAA